GCUUCGACCACUGGAUGGCAUCGAUGGCACGGCUUCCUUUUGCCCGACAACGCGGAAAUGUUGUAAAAUUUGUUCCAUCAGAGUCUCCGUAGAACAAACCUGCCACUCUGUUGAGAGACAAUUAUUAAGCUAUCUGCUCUCACAGUGUAGCUCAGUCACGCUACCACUACGAGAGCUUGUGUUAUGGUUUGGACUCAAAGAUGACCUACAGCCUGAGCGUAUGAACGACAGAAAAUCUUCCACUUAGCAGGUCAAAUUUGAGGUUCCACACAGGGUGACCCAUGCUGUCUGAUGAGCUGGACUCCAAACCAGAGCUGCUGGUGCAGUUUGUACAGAACGCGUCCAUCCCGUUGGUGCAGGGUCUGGAGGACUCAGAGUCCAAACACUCCUGCCUGCCUCUGCUGGCUCCAGCUGAGAGCUCACUGUGCAGCCCGCUGGAGCUCACAGAUGGAGGCCUGAGUCAUGAGCCUGUGAGUUCUCCCUCGCUGUCAGAGUUUGGAGGGGUGUCAGAGCGGAACCCUUUAGUGGUCCAGACACACUCUCACCCACAGGCUUCGCCCAGCCCCACGCCCAUCCUCCAUGACUUACAACAGUCAGACAGCACUUCCUAUGUCCUGCUGAACCUCGCAAAAGGCAUCACAGCCUCCUCAGAGUCCCUGAUCUUCGCCGCAGAUGGCGCCGGGGAGGACGAUGAUGAGGGGGUCUCAUCAGGGGAUUAUGGGAUAGAUGGUAGUGCUCCCUGGUAUCUGCGGGUACAGGAGCUGGCACAUGACAGCCUGAUUGCUGCCACACGGGCACAGCUUGCAAGAGAUGCCAAGGCCAGCCAGGACGCCAGAGCUUCAAGUGUCACUAACGGUGACCACACACACAGUUUUACAGCAGACGGGGACAAGCGAGAGCUGCCAUCUCGGACCAGCCGCCCCCUCUCCAAGCAAAUCCUCCGCUGCUCGUUUGAGGGUUGCUGCAGGACGUUCACCUGGCCGGCUCAUCUCAAAUAUCACCUCAAAACACACAGGAAUGACCGAAUGUUCAGAUGCAGCGCAGAGGGCUGCGGGAAGAGCUUCUAUGUGCUGCAGAGGCUGCAGGUCCACAUGAGGACUCACAACGGCGAGAAGCCCUUCAUCUGCAAGGAGAAGAACUGCGGCAAGAAGUUCACAACUGCUGGAAACUUGAAGAAUCACAAACGCAUACACACAGGGGAGAAGCCUUUUCUAUGUGAAGCAGAUGGUUGUGGGCGAUCCUUCGCAGAGUAUUCCAGCCUACGGAAACACAUGCUUGUACAUUCUGGUGAGAAGCCUCAUCACUGUGGGAUCUGUGGGAAGACUUUCUCUCAGUCUGGCAGCAGAAACGUCCACAUGAGGAAGAGACAUGGAGAGGAGGGGCUCAGCAGCGAAAGCAGAGAAACAGGAGAGGCUCUGACACAAAGUAGCCUGCUGGAGGCAGACGGUGAGAACGGAGAUGGUAUGGUCACCAUGACAACAACCGUGGAACCCAUGAAUCUUCAUCAUGCCAUGCUGAGAUCACCAGGCUCUGCAGACUCAGUGGUAGUUCUUUCUCAGCCACAUGAGCUGGUGACCAUGACCACCGAGGGCCAUGCAUAUGGAGAAGAUGUGGUGGCUCUGCUGUAGUCUGCCAUGACAAAUGUCACACACUGCCUACAUAUAUCUGUAAAUAGAAUAAUCACUGACUUUAACACCUGUAGAUAUUUGUAAUUAGCAACCAAUGAGGUUUUAUUUUGACAAGUGUGAAAGGUCAGAGUUUAUACAAACAACCUUUUUCCUCAAGUUUUUGAAAACAAAUACUCCCAAAGAAAUGAGACGGGUUUUAAAAGUUUAUUAUAAUAUAAUUACCAUGCAUUGUUCUGUGCAUCAUCAUUGGAAACAAGAGGUCUGAGCCUGAAAUGCAGUGAUGCUCUCAAAUGAACAGUGAGUGCCACUUACAGUUAGGUCCAUAAAUAUUUGGACAGUGACACAAUUUUUGUAAUUUUGCCUCUGUACUCUACCAUGAGGAAUCUGAAACAAACUGAUCAAGAUGUGAAUGAAGUGUAGACUUUCAACAUUAAUUCAAAGGGUUUAACAAAAAUAUUGCAUUAAUCGUUUAGAAAUUACAGCCAUUUUUAUGAAGUCGCUCAUUUUCAGAGGCUUAAAAUUAAUUGGACAAACCAACACAAUAAGGAUUAUAUUUAAUACUUGGAUGAAAACCCUGUCCAGCCAAUGACUGCCUCAAGUCUGGAACCCAUGCACAUCACCAAAUACUGAGUUUUGUCCUUUGAGAUGCUUUGCCAGGCCUUUACUGCAGCUUCCUUCAGUAGCUGCUUGUUUGUGGGUCUUUCUGCUCAGUUUUAUCUUCAGUACUUGAAAAGCAGACUCAAUUGGAUUUUGGUCAGGUGACUGACUUGGACAUUGAAGAAUAUUCUAUUUCUUUGCCUUGAUAAGUUCUAGCGUUGCUUUCGUAGUAUGUUUUGGGUCGUUAUCAUCUGUACUAUGAAGCCCUGUCCUGUUAGUUUUGCAGCAUUUGGCUGAAUCUGAGCAGAUAGUGUAGCCCUGUACACUUCAAAAUUUAUCCUGCUACUUCUACCAGCAGUCACAUCAUCAAUAAAC